AUGAAUUCCUCCAUACCACGGGCACUCUCCUCCACCCUUGCCCUCCGUCCUUCCUCCCGCUCAGUGGUCUUCCAAUGGCCCUCGAAAUGCGUCGCACGGUCGUUUUCACAGUCCAGCUUAAGAGCUAGAAUGACCGCUCCUAGAGUCUUAGCCCCAAAACCUCCAGCGCAGAUGAGCAUGAAGAACCGUCUACAGGAGACCAUCAAGGGGGUUAAUAUGGAGAUGGUGCCAGAUGAUAUGGGAUUACUGCCUGGUACUUUUAUUCGGCCAGUAUGGCAGAACCUGCCCUCGUGGUUCUCAGAGCCAAAGGCAAGAUGGCACAUGGAGUGGACGCACUGGAAGACGAAGUUUUUGAACUUUAUGAGUUUGUUUACUUACUGCAAAUUCAUAAAUAAAAAGCUACCUUUGCGCCUUCGAGAACGGAAGAAAAUGGCACUUGAGCUUCACAAGCGCAUGUACGACCAUUAUGCCAGUGGCAAUCUCGGGGUUCUGCAAACCUAUUGCUGCAAUGGCAUCUUCGAAUCGUUUUUUAAGCGCGUUAUCCGACGGCCCCUUAACUCUCCCGAACUUAUUUGGAAACUACAUAAAUACCUCAAAUUUCCCCGUUCCAUGACCAUAACUGGUGCUCGUGUGGUAUCAGAUCGUGCCGCAGCUCUACCCAAUGUAACAGGCAUGGGGAUCAGACAAGUUGUUGUACGAAUACAAAGCCGGCAGUCUCUCAUCACCCCACCUGCGCCUAUAGCCCGUCUAAGUGAGAAACAGAUCCAAGAUAUUGAAAAGCAACAGCAGGAAAAACAGAAGGACUGCACCGAGUAUAUUGUUCUUCAGAGGUUUAUGAUAGGAGGUAAAGAUGGGGAAUGGAAGGUCUGGGGUUUAGCGGAGGAGACAACCACUGAGGAGCUACGAACAAACCCGAUGUUUAUGAAAGGAAUAACGAUGAAAGACCGACUUGAGAUGAUGGCUGCUGGCGGAUGA